AUGGUCAACCCGGGCACAUCAAUGUCGACACCAUUUGUGGCAGCGGUGUACGCCCUAGUUGGUGAAGCGCGAAAGACCCUGGAUUCCAAGCAUCUCCGCAACGUCAUCUCGGCGACAUCACAGGCCAAGCUGUGGAACGACGGAACCACGGUCCACAACAUCCUAGCACCAGUACCACAGCAGGGUGCCGGUCUAGUUCAGGCAUUUGACGCUGCGAAAUCAACAACCAUCCUGAGUGUGAGCGGCUUCUCAUUCAACGACACCGACCAUUUCGUGGCAGACCACGCCUUCACCAUCCAGAAUACAGGUGUCGAAGCCGUCACAUAUGCUCUCGGCCAUGCCAAGGCGGUGACUGUGUAUACUUUUACUCCUGGUACUUCGACUCUUCAGAUCUCUCGGUCACCACCUCCAACUAUCGAGGAGUGGGCAGAAAUCGCCUUCGAAUUAGCUAGUGUCACCGUCCCCGCUGGCGCAUCUGCAGAAAUUAGCUUCACAGCGGUGCCGCCAACUGGGAUUAACAGCACGCUCCUGCCCGUGUACAGUGGCUAUAUCACGCUGAACAGUUCUAGCGGCGAGAAUCUCUCGAUUCCGUAUCUUGGCGUCGGCGGAAGCAUGCACAACACUCCAGUCUUGCGUUCGGGCACGGACGGCCUCGGCGGAGUAUAUCUCUCUUCGACUAGAGAUCACUUCCUCAUCCCUGUACCAGCUAACCAGACGUUCACAAUCCCUCGUCCUGGCGCGGUGGGAACUGCCAUUUUUCCAAAGAUUGUUGUCAUACCCACAGUCGGCUCCACGCAGGUACACGUGGAUCUCGUAGCCGUUGGCGGAAACAACGGCACGAACGUGACAACUUCAGACUGGCUCGCGUAUCGAAGCCUAGGCCAGAUUCCUGGAACACCGCUGAGCUACGUUCAGACAACAGGCUACACUUACAACUUCGCCGGUUGGUUAGCUGACCGGACUGUUGUCCCAGAGGGAACAUAUAAAUUUGUCGUCAGUGCUGUCAGGAUAUUCGGAGAUACAACAAAUCCAAAUGAUUGGGAUGCUAUUGAGAGCGUGCCAUUUGUGUUAAAGUACUUCUCAUAA